CCUGUACAGCGAGGACCAAUUAGAACGCGGAGUUUUUAGGACUGGCGGGAGCCUCGCCCAAUGGGAGCGCGGCGAGGGUUGGCGGGCGGGACGGGUUUCACUGAGCGGGAGCGGCGCCGCCAUUUUGGCGCUCGGAAGCGGCGGCGGCGGCGCUCGGGAAGGUGCUGCCAGCAUGGAGUACGAGCGCAGGGGUGGCCGUGGGGACCGCACGGGGCGUUACGGGGGUGCCCCACCCCUCUCCGAGGACGGCUCCCGCAGCCAGCGCGAUCACGACUAUCGCGACAUGGAUUAUCGCGGCUACGGGGGACCCCCGGAGGGACCCCCCGCUGCCGGGACCCCCCCUCAGGCCUCCUACGAGAACUCAGAGCCCCCCCGGAAACGGGAGCAGCCCCGGGAGCCUCCCCGGGACCCCCCGGCGCUGCCGUUCGGCGCCGACGGCGAUUACCGGGACCAGGAUUACCGGGAGGGCGCCGAGGAGGAGCCGAGGGCCAGCACCAUCGUCAUGCUCCGCAUGCUGCCCCAGGCGGCCACCGAGAACGACAUCCGGGCGCAGCUGCAGGCGCAGGGGGUGCAGCCCCGUGAGGUGCGGCUGAUGCGCAACAAAUCCUCAGGUCAGAGCCGAGGAUUCGCCUUCGUGGAAUUCCAUCACGUGCAGGAGGCGGCCAGGUGGAUGGAGGCCAACCAGGCCGGGCUGACCCUCCUGGGGCACCGCGUGUCCCUGCACUACAGCGACCCCAAACCCAAAAUCAACGAGGACUGGCUGUGUGCUAAGUGCGGGGUGCAGAACUUCAAGCGACGCGAGAAAUGUUUCAAAUGCGGCGUCCCCAAAGCCGAGGCCGAGCAGAGGGGUCCGGGGGGUCCCCGUCCGGAGCUGGUGCCGGGGGGGGGAGGGGGGCUCCUGCCCCUCCCCCAACCCUACGGCCCCACCCUUGGGGGGCCCCCAGGGGGGUCCCAGGGGGGCACCGAGCCCGGAGCUGACAACGCCAACGACACCAUCAUCCUGCGGAACCUGCACCCCCAAGGAGCAGCCUCGAGUCCAUCCUGGCCGCGCUCGCCCCCUUCGCCGCCCUCUCGGCCGCCAACGUCCGCGUCAUCAAGGACAGACAGACACAGCUGAACCGCGGCUUCGCCUUCGUGCAGCUCAGCACCAUCGUGGAAGCGGCGCAGCUGCUGCAGAUGCUGCAGGCCCUGCACCCCCCCCUGCACAUCGACGGCAAAAGCAUCAACGUGGAGUUCGCCAAAGGCUCCAAGAGGUGAGGG